AUGAAUGGAAAAUGUGGCAUAUGUGGUGACCCUUAUGAUGGAGUCCGUGAACACGAGGCUGGUGGUCUGUACGCAACCGGCACAAUCGGAAAGUAUUAUCGAGAAGGGCAAAUAAUCACAACAGACAUUGAAAUGACUGCCACUCAUUUGGGGUGGUUCGAGUUCCGCCUGUGUGUCAACAACGAUGUUAAUAAAAGAGCCACCCAUGAAUGCCUGAACAAGCACCUUCUUCAACUGGCUGACGGUAGCGGAACUCGAUAUCGGAUUCGUAAUCGCAAGGGCCACUAUUAUAUCAAACUAAGACUUCCGGCUGGAGUUACUUGCGAUCAGUGCGUGUUCCAAUGGAAGUACCAUACUGGUAAUUUUCUUUUUUGUCGUCUUCUUUUUCGUAGUGUUCUUUUUAGUAGUCUUCUUUUUCGUAGUCUUCUUUUUUGUAGUUUUCUUUUUCGUACUCUUUUUUUUUUUUUUUCUUCUUUUAUUUUCUUUUUUUGUAGCCUUCUUUUUCGUAGUCUUCUUUUAGUCUUCUUUUUCGGUGUCUUACUUGAGUCUCUUUUUGUGACACUACUUUUUAAUUUUCUCCUUUUCUUUUUUAUUCCGGUAUUCUUCUUUUGGAUUUCUCCAUUUAGUCUUCUUCUCGUGGUAUUCUUCUUUUAUUUACUUUUUCGUAGUGUUACUCUUCAUUCUAUUCUUCUUUUUCGAAUUCUUUUUUUAUAUUCUUUUUAUAGCCUUCUUCUUCCAUUUCAUAGCAUUCUUUUUCGUAGCUUUUUUAGUCUUUAUUUUUCAUAUUCUACUUUUCAAUGCAUUCUUCUUUUUCUUAAUUCACUUUUUCGUAGUGUUAGUCUUCUUUAUCUUGGCAUUCCUUUUUGCAGUUUUCUUUUAGUCUUUAUUUUCAUAGUUUUCUUUCUUUUUUAUGAUAUUUUUCGUCGUCUUCAUUUACUCUUCUUUUUCAUAGACUUCUUUUUUGUAUUAUUUAUUUUUUUACUUCUGUUGUAG